CCUUGGCCUUCGAAGUAAAGGAUGAUGGAGCUUGACAGAGAUGACUGCCAAAGUGAUGAGUCCACCGUGGAAGAUGUAGAUGACGCCACGUAUUCACUUGGUGACCUGAGUUGUGGGGAUGUUCAGCUGUGGGCUACAGAUCGAUGUAAGAGUGGUAGUGCCAUCAUGGUGUACAGGCCUAUGGAAGGUGCAGUGAUCCAUGGAAUUUGCAAACUGCUGACAAUGAGACAGGCGAGUGUUACUGAGGCGACGGAGUCAUUCCUGCAUGUUAUUAUGACACGGUUACACAAGGCAUCAGGUACUGCAAAUCUGCUACGCCAGGAAGUGUGCCAGCUGAAGGCAUGCAAGGGUGCUGAUAUUUCGCAAGCAUGGCAACAAAUGCUGUCCGUCAUCGCAACAGCUAUUCCCGAAGUGAAAAUCAAUUGUGAAGAUUUGGAAGUUACAUCUGCUGUGCUAGCGAAUCUGAUAAGCUACCUGCAUGCCACGGCUGCCGCUGCUAUCAGGAAAGCGUCAAUAGCACCAUCCAAAGCUGCUGAAGCCAUCCCCGAACCGGUGAUUGACAAUUUGUCUCACCUUGCUGAAAAGUACCAUGGUGGUUGGUGCUUGGUGGCCGUGCGGCGUGAGCUGGAAGGAGCAAGGUGUCGCAACGACAACUUGCUGCAGCUUAUACCUUUAUUUGGCAAGGAUGCCGUGACAAGCCUUCAGCCUUGUUUGGAGAAUUCAGGUGGCCCGGCGUGGCUCGGAAGCUCUGUAUAAGACACCAUACGUCACAGAUAAAAACAACUGAACCAGUGAUA